AUGACGAGACCCACGCUGGACAUUUUGCUGAGAAAUAACACUGGCUCCUCCAAUGCCUACGCCCACGUAACUGGGUUGGAUAUCAACAAGAACAAUGCCGUGUUCCUCCUUGGAGCUGACGGUGUCACGGGCUACUAUCCGACAUCGCCGCCCAAUAUCUUGAACCCGCUACAGGUCGACUGCGCCAUCUCGCUGGGGUCACCAGGAUCAAUGCGAAAGGUGACGAUCCCCCAAAUCGCUGGUGGGAGGAUCUGGUUCUCCCGGGACGGCCCGCUCCAAUUUCUCCUGAAUCCAGGCCCGGCCGUGGUGGAGCCUUCGGCGACAAACCCGUCUGAUGCGAACUACAACCUAGAAUGGGGUUUCUGCGAGUUUACCUUCAACAGCUUCCAGCUGUACGUCAACAUCUCCUAUGUCGACUUUGUGAGCAUACCCGUGUCCCUGACUCUCGAGAAUGACUCGGGUAUGAUCACCAACGUACCGGGGCUCCCAAACAAUGGCCUCGACGCAGUCUGCGACGGGUUGCGUGCACAAGACGCCCGCGAAAACGUUGGCUGGAGCCAACUUAUUGUACGGACGCCUGACAAUACGGCCAACCUGCGUGCUCUCAGCCCCAACUCAGGCAUUGUCAUGAAGCCGAAUCUGUUCGAGGGAUAUUACCAGCCAUAUGUCGAUGCUGUCUGGGACAAGUACCGCUCCGCUGACCUGACGGUAAACACACAGGCCGAAUGGGGCGACGUUAAGGGCCGCGUAGGCUCAGACAAUCUCCUGACAUUCGGCAGCGUCGGGUCAUUUGCGCAGCCGAGCGCGCGUGAUAUCUUCAGUUGCAGCACCGGGCCGUUUGGCGGGUAUCCCCGGAACCAGGCCGAGAUGGGUGCCAUUGGCGCGCGCAUUGCAGCAGCGUUCAACCGUUCGACGCUCCUUGUAAACGACCAGCAACCCGAGAAUGAAAAGAUCGGGAACUACUACAGAGAUACCCGGACAAACCACUAUUCACGCAUCUGCCAUGAGGUCAGCUCUAACGGUCGUGGCUAUGCGUUCCCUUACGACGAUGUCGGCCCGUCCAAUGGUGAUGACCAGUCCGGGUCGCUGUUUGAUUCGAACCCUAAGCUUCUGACUGUUGGUAUCGGUGGAGAAGCUGCUUCCGGAACUCGGGAGGAGCUGUGA